AUGGAAGCAACAGUGGCAGUCAAGGUUGCUCAAAUUGGUUCACGAGCUAUUAAAGGGUCUCAAUUUGCUCCCUGGAAAGAGCUGGAGUGUUUGGAAGAAGUAAGAUGGGAUCCAAUAGCAGACAAUCAAGUUGCAACAUCUGAUACUGAUCAGGCUCCUUGCUUAGAGAAGAUUGUGGCUGCGCUAAGAGCAGGGGCCGAAUAUGCAGAGGUACCUGUCAAUAAUUGUGUGCUUAUUGCCGGAAGCAAAUUGGGAGUUGCUGGAGCUGAGCGAAUAGGCAUGCCAUGUGUUGUUCUUCGGAGCAGUCUUGAAGUUGAAGGUGAAUAUUCGAUCGGCUAG